AUGUUCCUUUACACCUUAGAUUGUGAAGCUAUCACAAUUAAAUCUGCUUGUAAUAUAAGAUUAUUAAUGAAUAAAGGAAUAAAAUUAUACGAAAAUGCGAAUGGAAUGGUUCAUAGGGUAUUGAUAAAGCUGCUCCAAGAACAACAAAAAUAUAAAAUGAUUAAAAUGCUUAAAAAUUAGGUUGGCAGCUAUAAAAUUAACUAAAAAUUUUUAAAUCUAAAGAGCUAAUCCCAAAGAUGCUUUUAGAAUAUUAAUAAAUAAAGUUGUAUUGAAAAGUUUUGUGCAACUUCUAAUUAUAGUAAAACAAUCAAUAUACUAUCUGAAAUCACUUUCAAUUUUGGCUGA